AUGUCAGGAGGGGUUGAUUCGAGUGUAUCAGCGGCCCUUUUAAAGCAACAGGGUUUUGAUGUCCAGGGUAUUUAUAUGCGUAACUGGGAUACCUCAGAUGAACGUGGUGUGUGUACAAGUCGGGAAGAUUGGGAAGAUGUUCAAAAGGUAUGUCAUCAUCUCGACAUUCCUUGUCAACAAGUUAAUUUUGUAAAAGAGUAUUGGCAGGAUGUAUUUGAAAAGACGUUAGAAGACUAUGCACAUGGAUUGACACCGAACCCAGAUAUUGCUUGUAAUAGUUCUAUCAAGUUUGGUGCUUUACUAAACAAGAUACCUAAGGAUGCAUGGUUUGCAACAGGGCAUUAUUGUCGAUCAACACCUGAAGGGAAAUUACUUCGGGGGCUCGAGAGGAAGAAGGACCAAUCCUAUUAUCUCUCUAAUGUACCUGAAGAAGCCAUAAGUCGAACGCUCUUCCCUUUAGGUGAUUUCACCUCCAAGGCAGCCGUAAAGGACCUUGCACAUCAAUUAGGAUUAGGUGGUAUUGCAGCUAAAAAAGAAAGUAUGGGUAUUUGUUUUGUGGGUCAGCGUAAAAAGUUUGCAGACUUUUUAAAAGAAUAUAUUGAUUUACCUCCUGGUCCUGCUAUCAAUCUUGAAAAUGGACAAGUCAUUGGAGAACAUCAGGGACUUUAUGGUUAUACGAUUGGUCAAGCGUCACGUAUUUGCUAUCGUUCUGAUAAAUGGUUUGUGGCAGAAAAGGAUAUAAAAGAAAAUAAGUUGAUAUGUGUACCUGGCUCAAACCAUCCGGCUUUAUUUCAUAUGGGAUGUAGAGCGCGUGAUUGGAAAUGGAUUCAUCAUGCAGCGCCUUCUAAACUUGAUAUAAAUGGUGAAAUAGAAGUAGAGGCACAAAUUCGAUAUAGACAAUCAUCUGAAAAGGCCAUUUUAUCCAUUCAAUCCAAUAGGCACCCUACUAUAAUUUUUAAACGUCCUAUACGUGCCAUUGCACGUGGACAGCAAGUGGUUGUUUGGGAUCAAGACUGGUGUUUAGGAGGAGGUGUUAUAGAAGAAGUUUUAUUUUAA